UCAUUUCCUAGAAACUACCCCAAAAAUGGGCGCAACUCAAGCCACUUCCAUUAAUUCCAUUAUAGGAUCAAUCUGAGCAAGUUUGAAGAACCAAAUUCGAUCUUGAAACGAUGGCUGCUUUCGCUUCGGCUGCUCUUCAGUACUCAUCCUCGUCGUCUUUACAAUCCCAGAUGCAUUCCUCGCCGUUGGCACCUUCUUUAGAACCCACACAUGAUCAUAACCUGUGGGUGAGAGUGAGAUCACAGAAAUCCACAAGGCCAAUAUCUUACCCUCAGAAUAAUCCGACGGGGUUAAGAAUCCGAAGUGCGGCUACGAAACCAGCGAAAUCACCAGCUGAAGAAGAGUGGAAGAAAAAGCGAGAAGUUCUGCUGCAGAAAAGAGUAAGAAGUGUGGAUGCCAAGGAAGCUCUGCGCCUUCAGAAAGAAAAUAACUUUGUGAUUCUUGACGUUAGACCAGAAGCAGAGUUCAAAGAGGCCCAUCCCCCUGGAGCUAUCAAUGUACAAAUAUACAGACUUAUAAAGGAGUGGACGGCCUGGGACAUAGCCAGGCGUGCUGCAUUUGCAUUUUUUGGAAUUUUUCAAGGGACUGAAGAGAACCCUGAGUUCCUGCAGAGUGUGGAAGCACAAAUAGAUAAGAAUGCCAAGAUUAUUGUAGCCUGCUCAACAGGGGGUACCAUGAAACCAUCCCAAAAUCUACCAGAAGGUCAACAAUCAAGAUCAUUGAUAGCAGCCUACUUGCUAGUCCUCAAUGGUUAUACCAAUGUCUUCCAUCUAGAAGGUGGUCUUUACUCAUGGUCGAAAGAGGAACUGCCGCUGGUCUCGGAGGGAUGAAACUACUGCCAGGAAAGUGAUUGCAGCAAAGCUUUAGUUUUGACCAUCAUGAGAAUUCAGAUAAAUUUAUUGUUGAAUAUAACCUGGGUGUAAUUUGAGUACGCAUGAACUGAUGACAAGAAUGACAAUUUACUCUCUACAGAGAUGUCAUCCCAAGCCCGGUGCUGGGAAGGGGCCACUAUUUCUAAAUUGCAGAAGCAUGCCAGCUUCAUUAAAAAUAAUUAGUUUUUUAAGCAUUUCA